CUCACCGGAGGCUGGUAUGAUGCUGGUGACUGGGUAAAAUUCAAUCUUCCAAUCUCGUCUGCUGUAGCCGUAUUGGGCUGGGGUCUUGUGCAAUGGGAGGAUGCCUACAAAACAGCUGGACAGUAUGACGCAAUGCUAGACUGUAUUAAAUGGCCUCUUGAUUUUUUCCUGAAAUGUUGGAGAAAAAAUGAAAAUGAGUUAUAUGGACAGGUUGGUAACGGUGGUAUUGACCACUAUAAAAUGAUGAGACCAGAGGAUAUGACACCAUCAAACAUGCAGCGGCCAGCAUACAAGGUGACAUCAGCUCGAGGAGGAAGUGAUCUGGCAGGCAGUAUGGUUGUAGCUUUUGUAGUUGGAUCUAUGGCAUUUAAGAUUAAAGACGCUGAAUUCUCCGCAAAACUUCUUGACGCCGCCGAGUCAUUGUAUAUGUUUGCUGAUAAAUAUAGGGAAAAGUACACAGCAGAAAUAAGUGACGCAGACAAUUAUUACAGUUCAAGUGGUUACGAAGACGAAUUGGUGUAUGCUGCCGCCAUGUUGUACAAGGCGACCAACAAGGCUACGUACUUAACUGACGCGGAGCAGAAAUACAACCAAUUCGAUUUCGAUGGCAAAACACCUUGGGCCUUCGAUUGGGACGAUAAAACAAUUGCAACAAAAGUGCUUCUAUUUGAAGCAACAGGCAAAAGUUCAUACAAACAAGGUAUACAGAACUUUUUAAACAGCUACAGUCCGCAAGGAAACGUGCAUUACAGCCCUGGUGGACUUGCUUGGCGCGGAAAAUGGGGUUCUUUACGAUAUACAGCAAACGUUGCGUUCAUCGCACUUAUGGCGGCUGAUUUUGGGAUAGAUGCGGAGACUUAUAAGAACUGGGCAAAAGGACAGAUUGAUUACAUGCUUGGUGAUAAUCCAAGAAGCUCUAGUUACGUUGUUGGCUUUGGAAACAAUCCACCAAAGCAACCCCACCAUAAAUCCAGCACGUGUCAGCCGAAACCAGCAGCUUGUGAUUGGGGUGUAUUUUCUGACACUAGUAAGGCUAAUGCUUUUGUCUUGUAUGGUGCACUUGUGGGAGGACCAGAUGCCUCAGAUAAUUACAAAGAUGUCAGAACUGACUACGUCACUGCGGAAGUGACGUGUGACUAUAACGCGGGCUUCCAGUCUGCUGUUGCUGGUGAGAAUUUAAUACACAUGUUAUUAAUUGCGGCGAUGCUUUUACUUGUUUGUAAUGGCCAAAAUGGAAAUUAUGUGGUCUUGAAAACACAGAAGAAAAAGAAGUUCACGAUACUCAGAGCAAAAUGCGUGUAUAAACUAUCCAAACCAGCUGCACAAGUUACCUUCGAUAUUGGAUUUGACAUACCCACAGACAAAUUCAAGUCCAAGCAAGCGUCUGUCACUGGUAAAACCGGAAAUGUGUAUUCACUCAUUAAUACAAAGACUGCAAAAAAGAAGUUUACCGUUGCAUUUUCGGUGAUUUACAAAGGUGAAACCGUGCCACAAGGAACAUGCUCGCCUCUUACAUUACAAGUUUCAACGGAGGCCCCAACGUUUGGAAAAAAUUUUUCUUUCCCCGACUGGGUGGGAAAAAGCGUGGAACCAAAAGGAGACAGUGGUGUUUGGUUUCAUUGGAAGAACUUGCACGAACUUAAUAAACCGAAUUUGAAAUACUCGUUUCAUGCCACUUACAUGGGUGACGUACAGCCUACUGUUCUUUGCAGCAGUGAUCUACCAGAAUUCACCACAACCACCCAAGCACCUGUUACAACUACCCAAAGCCCUGCAACAACAACGAAAUCACCCGCUACAUCAUCGGAAACCUCAGUGAAAACAACCGAGGAAACAUCACUGACUACUCGUACAGUUUUGUCACUCGGACCCAUACCAGCAUUUCCAUAUAGCUUUCCGGCAACUGUAAAAUCCUCAUGGGAUGUGACUGAUGGUACUAAAAUUGACGCAGCUUGUCACUUUGUCGUUAAAGAAGAUCAUAAACCUGAAACAGUCUAUUUUCGCAUCGAUUUUGGGUUGCAAGUAAAAGAGUUUAAGACUUGGGUUUUGAAAAAUAUACAACCCACAGGGAACACUGGUAGUAGUUUCUUCAUGUCAAAUCUAAACUGGAUCACAUCUGACGAGUUAGAGGUGACAUUCCAAGCAAUAUAUCCUAAAGGGGAGACACCAAACAUUAUCUGUAACAGUGAUUUGCCACCAGUAGGAGGAUCCACUAAAGUAACAAAAUCAACUACCGAGGCACCAGCAACUACGGGUAAAUCUGGAGGUACAACAAAGGAACCGGUGACUACAACAAAAACAUCCAGGGCGACAACGCAGCCGCAAGGUGGAAGUUUCAACUAUAACGAGGUCAUAAAGAAAUCUAUUUGGUUUUAUCGAGCUCAACGUUCUGGUGAUUUACCUGUAGUCGCCAAUGAUCCUGUACCUUGGCGGGGUGACAGUGCCCUGUAUGACGGGCAAGAUGUUGGCAUUGACCUCACCGGAGGCUGGUAUGAUGCUGGUGACUGGGUAAAGUUCAAUCUUCCAAUCUCGUCUGCUGUAGCCGUAUUGGGCUGGGGUCUUGUGCAAUGGGAGGAUGCCUACAAAACAGCUGGACAGUAUGACGCAAUGCUAGACUGUAUAAAAUGGCCGCUUGAUUUUUUCUUGAAAUGCUGGAGAAAAAAUGAAAAUGAGUUAUAUGGGCAGGUUGGUAACGGUGGUAUUGACCACUCUAAAAUGAUGAGACCAGAGGAUAUGACAGCAUCAAACAUGCAGCGACCAGCAUACAAGGUGACCUCAGCUCGAGGCGGAAGUGAUCUGGCAGGCAGUAUGGUUGUGGCUUUUGCAGUUGGUUCUAUGGCAUUUAAGAAUAAAGACCCUGCCUACUCCGCAAAACUUCUUGACGCAGCCGAGUCAUUGUAUGUGUUUGCUGAUAAAUACAGGGAAAAAUACACAGCAGAAAUAAGCGACGCUGGCAAUUUUUAUAGUUCGAGUAGUUACGAAGACGAAUUGGUUUAUGCUGCCGCCAUGUUGUACAAAGCGACCAACAAAGCUUCAUACUUAACUGACGCGGAGCAGAAAUACAACCAAUUCAAUUUUGAUGGCAAAACACCUUGGGCCUUCGAUUGGGACGAUAAAACAAUUGCAACAAAAGUGCUUUUAUACGAAGCAACGGGCAAAACUACGUACAAACAAGGUAUACAGAACUUUUUAAACAGCUACAGUCCGCAAGGAAACGUGCAGUACACCCCUGGUGGACUUGCUUGGCGGUCAAAAUGGGGUUCUCUGCGAUAUACAGCAAACGUAGCGUUCAUCGCACUUAUGGCGGCUGAUCUCGGGAUAGAUGCGGAGGCUAAUAAGAACUGGGCUAAAGGACAGAUUGAUUACAUGCUUGGUGAUAAUCCAAGAAGCUCAAGUUACGUUGUUGGUUUUGGAAACAAUCCACCAAAGCAACCCCACCAUAAAUCCAGCACGUGUCAGCCGAAACCAGCAGCUUGUGAUUGGGUUGUAUUUUCUGACACUAGCAAGAUCAAUGCUUUUGUCUUGUAUGGUGCACUUGUGGGAGGACCAGAUGCCUCAGAUGAUUACAAAGAUGUGAGAACUGACUACGUCAUGGCGGAAGUGACGUGUGACUAUAACGCGGGCUUCCAGUCUGCUGUUGCUGGAUUGGUUCAUUUUAAAAACAACUGAAGUUCAAGUGCAAUACAGAAAACAAAUUUCUAGAAUUAUGUCAUAAUAUGUCUCAAUAAAAUAUGCUGUAUUGUAAA